UCGUGUUCCGCGAAAUUCAAGAAGUUGAAAGUACAGCCGAAAUCACUGUUUUGUUUUCUUUUUAUGUGAGAUUUAAAUAUGGACCCGUCAGAAAUUGAGUUCAUUGCAGAAAAAGAAAUUGUCACCGUUGUACCGAAUUUCUCAUACGGAAAAAUAUACCUUAUUGGGGGAGAUGUUGGACCAUUUAUUGGCAGCAUUCCUGUAGAAUUGCCUUUGUGGCUAGCAGUCAACCUGAAGCAGAGACAAAAGUGCAGGAUUAUACCACCAGAGUGGAUGAAUGUUGAAAGGUUAGAGGAGAAGAAGCAGGAUGAGACCGAGUCCAAAUUCUUUACUGAGAUGCCAAACGAGCAUUAUAUGGAGAUGACACAGAUAUUGCUGAAUCAUGCAGCUAAUGACAUUCCACGUGCUGAUCAAGUAAGAACUUUAAUCAAAGACAUCUGGGAUUUGAGAAUAGCCAAGCUUCGCAGCAGUAUCGAUGUUUUUAUUAAGAGCGAUGAAAGGCAUGCUAUGCUAAACCAUCUAACAGUCAUGGAGAUCAACACAGUACGAUCUUUUCUCACUCAAAGUCUGGAUAACAUGCAUGUAUUACGGACAAGGACACUAGGGGGAGCUGGUGAUACAACUCAAGACUGAGCUGGUCAAUUAAUAUACUAGGUGGUGUAUUUGUUUGUAUAUAUAGAAUUAUUUUUAAUUCACUGUCGCAAAAUGUAUUUUUUGUAUAUUUUAAAUCAAAUAAGUGUUAAUAAUUGAAAUUGUAAAUAAUAAUUUGUCCAAAAGAAAAAUUCAUUGAUAUAAAUAGAGCCCAAAGAAUGAAUUUUU